GUAGAAUCUUUAAUGAUCUGUGUUGCCAUAAAUCUUAUUACUCAUUGGUUGAGAUUUGUUGACUUUGUGUACUAUCAUAGUGGAAACCAAACAUUCUCAUUCUUGAGGAAUUACCUGAAAAUGGAAACAGCAACCUUGGUAGUUAUCUUUAUAUCUUGUCUGCUUGUAAGUUUUACUGGUUAUGCCCUGUAUACAGCUUUUGGACAGCCUUCAAAAGAACUUCGCGAUCCAUUUGAGGAACACGAAGAUUAAUUUUCUAGGCCUUUCCCAAACUUCACAGGAAUA